CUCGACCAAUCAGCAAGUCACUUGAGUGCUCCUGCGUGGGCUCGACCAAUCAGCAAGCAGCAUGCUGGUGACUUCCCGGGUUUAAAAUUAGUGAUUCACUCCUCUUCUGUUUUAAUUCAUUUUUACCCUUUUUUAUGAUGAUUGAUGAGAUGGAAGAUGAUGAGUGGGAUAACAUACCUACGGUGGAGGACGUCCUGUCAUCAGUCUUAAAGAGCACGAGCAAGUUUGGCAAAGUGAAGCUGGUUGCACCAUUUUUCACUCAAAAGUCUACAAACUUGAAGAAAGAUGUUUCGCCAGAAAAUGGAGUUGAAAAGACAAAAUCUGAGGAGUUGAGGUCAUACUUGACCCAGAGUGAAGUUGGAAAAGAGAGAAGUGGCACUCAUGGCAACCUUACCCAUCUGCACCAAGCUAGUGGUGGCAAACAGACCAGUGAUGACUUUAACAUUUACCAUAAAGAUAAGUUGGCCCUGGGUAAAUGUGAUAAGUACAAUGGAUCCGAGUCAACCAGCAAGAUGAAACACACACAGUCCACUCCAGCACUUGGGGUCAAGCAUAUGCCAAAAUAUAUCACACCAGAGGAAGUCGCAGGACCCAGGUCAUCAUCCAUUUGCCAGACAAACCUUAAUUCAAAAGUUGUCAGUGCUGUGGGAAAUAAGGAAAAUACUAACCCUUAUGCUCUGCUCUCUGAUAAACUUUCAGAAAAAAUUUCAAUUCCCUUUGAGGCUGUCAACAAAGAUUUGCAUAAAAAAACUCAAGCAUUUACCAGAAAAGAGCAUCACAUUCAACCUAUAAUAAAUUUAGAGGAUAAAAAUAAGGUGGAAAAUGGGAGAGGAUUAGGGCUAGGUUUUUCAAAUUCAGCAGUGCCAAAGAACAGUGAAGCACUGUUAGAGAAUGGCAGUUUGUUUAUGUCAUCAUCAGUGAAAAAUGAGUUGGCAAGCAAUAAAAGCCAUGUUGAAAGAGUCAAGCUAGGAAAGGCUAAUACCUGCCCUUCCAUUAAUACUCAAAACUGUGCAGCUGCUCAAGAAAGACUGUCAUCAAAGCCACUCAUAAGCACCAAGCUCCAAGAAAUUGCUCCCGACACAGGUCUGACCAAAAGAAGCACUGCAUCCCACUCCAUAAAGGCAAUUGCUGAAGAAACACAAAACAGUACUGAUGAUGUAAUGGAUUAUAGUGCAUCAUCAGAAGGCACGGCUGGACAAUCUAUUUCACGAAAUUCCAAAACAUUGGCCAGUUCCCAGUAUAAAACUCAUUCCAAAUCUCAGAACACUGCACCAAUGAACAGUCUGUCCUGUGUGUCAUCUGAGAGUAGAAAUCAGGAAGUAGCACUUAAAGGAGCCUCUCAAACAAGUAAAAAAAGUCAAGUUACACCUGGGAACUGUCUGCAGCAUGUGAGCCUGUCUCGAACCUCUUCUCAGAGGCUUCAGAAGCCAACCACAGAACAUCGCUCUCAUUCACACUCCCCAACACCACCAAAACCACAUAAGCUGAUGGAUAUGGCGAACAUCAUCGUCAACGGCAAAGAAUAUGUACAGCUAGAGUUACUUGGACAAGGAGGAUCCAGCAAAGUCUAUGAGAAUAUAUUUUUUUCAGGAAUCAUUCAUUCCGAUCUGAAACCUGCCAAUUUCCUCUUGGUCGAUGGAACUGUAAAACUAAUUGAUUUUGGAAUAGCUUCUUCCAUCCAGCAGGACAUGACCAGUGUUGUUAAGGAGAAUCAGGGAGGAACUUUCAAUUACAUGAGCCCCGAAUCCCUGAUGGACGUCCAAACUGGCCCAAUCGUCAAUGGCCGGAGCACUGACACUUCAACCAUCAAAAUAGGUGUGAAAUCUGAUGUGUGGUCACUUGGAUGUAUUCUUUACAACUUGGUUUACGGACGAACACCAUUCCAGCACAUCAGCAACACCUGUCGGAAACUCUGGGCCAUCUGUAAUCCCGACUCUAAGAUAAAUUUUCCUGAAAUUGAAGAUAAAGAGGUCAUGGAUGUAUUGAAGCUUUGUCUCCAGUAUAAUCCAAGUAAGCGACCCACCAUCCAAGAGCUGCUGGAUCACCCAUACUUGACUAAGCAUCACACUAGCAAAAAAAUACCGUCUACUCCCAACCAUGUCAAGAGGAUUAUGAGCCAGUUGGAGCAGCUUACCCCAGAUACCCUGGAAAGGGUUACCUCGGUUAUGAAGGAGCAGCUUCCUGAUGUGAAGUCAAACUAGGCCCUAACUUCCAUCAUAUGUAUAUGCAACAAUUUAUUAUUAAAAUGUUGAUGGUACUGUAAACAUGAUAUUUAAUCACCAUGAAACUGGCAUUGUUCAGACAGAACUACAGUGGACAAUGAAAUGAUCUCCAAGAAAUGUAGGGCAGGUAGGGUUUUUUUAUGGUCUGCCAGGUAUGUUCCAUUGAUGAAUUUAUAGGGAAAGGAGAGACUGAAAAAAGAGGAUGAAAAGGAGAGAAAGAAAGAGUGAGAUAAACAUGUAGCACAUACUGAAAUGACUAGGCACUACUAUGAUGGUCCUGUGACCAAAGAAUGCAGUACCUCUGGUAACAUGUGCCCCUCACACAAUUAUUGAAUGUUGGUCACAUUUUUUAU